AUGAACGCGAACGCGUCCACCUUCGUCCCGUCCACCUUCCUCUCUGCCAAAGAGGACAAAGAAGGAGAGGAAGACGUGAACGAGGAGGAAAACGAGGAUAUAUAUUUCGCCAUCGACGUCGAGUGCGUCGCGACUGGAUACACGCACAACGACCGAGCGGUGGCGCAGAUUGCCGUCGUGGACGACGCGAUGCGGACUUUAGUGAACGUUUUCGUGAAAGAAGAAGGCACUGCUUCCACGUCGUACGAUGAUGAAAAUGAAAACGAUACCAACAUAGUGUCCACGAUUGAACCGUUGACGGGGAUAACGAGGGAAAAAUUAGAGAAGGAAGGAAUUCCGUUUGCAGAUGGUAAGAACUGA